AUGUGCAUUGAUAACCGCGCACUAAACCGAGUUGCCAUCAAGUCCCGUUACCCCAUCCCGCGAGCCGACGAACUGAUCGACCAACUUUGCACAGCCCGCUUUUUCUGGAAAAUCGACCUUCGAGGAGUUUUCCGCCCGCUUUUAGAUAAGUGUGUCAUCGUUUAUUUAGACGACCUGCUGAUUUACAGCCCGGACAAAGCACAACACAUACAAGAGAUCGAAGCAGUUUUCAAGAUACUGAUUGAAAACUGCCUACUGAGAAAAUCGUCUAAGUGUGAGUUUUUCCAGGACAGAAUGGAGUUGUUAGGGCAUUCUAUUUCAGCUGACGGAGUGGAAAUAGACCCGAAGAGAAUCGCGACAAUUCAAGCAUGGCACGCGCCGACAAAUUCGACCGAGCUGCAGGGUUUUUUGGGGUUCGUCAACUACGUGCGCCGGUUCGUCCCCGACAUGGCGAAGCUGACUGCCCCACUGACAGACCUGCUGAGGAAGGAGGUUGAGUACACGUGGGGGGAGAAAGAGCAAGCUGCCUUCUCGGCCCUCAAGAAAAUUUUGUGCUCGCCGCCCGUGCUUCACAUCGCCGACCAACACCGCCCGUUCGAACUGGUCACCGACGCAAGCGACAUCGCCGUGGGAGCAGUACUGUUGCAAGACUUUAAGAAUGGCCUUCAGCCAAUCGCGUACGAGUCUAGCAGGCUUCCCCGCCCGAACGCAACUACCCGAUACACGACCGCGAGAUGCUGGCGAUCGUGCACGCGUUCAAGGUGUGGCGAUGCUCUCUCACAAGAGCGGACAUGA